GGAAUUGAUAUAAAGUUGUACCAAAUGAAUAAAGGAAGAAGAAGAGGUAUUGCUUUACCGCCUGGACGGAGUUUUUCAUUCAACCAAAACGAUUUCAGCAAAGGUAAUCUUUACUCAAUUGAUAAACAUAAUGAAACCUAUAUUAAACAAAACAAUGCAGAACAAAGUCCAACGAAAGAGGCUCACGAGGAUACAACAAGGAAUCUAUUUAGGCGGGAUCGCAGAAGUUCAGCGUGCAGUAUGACUCUACCAUUGGGUCCGGAGAGAAGGAGAAAGAACUCGUUUCAAAUUGGUCGUCUCACGUCGAGCAGGAUUCAGGGACUUGUACAACAGGAUGAUAUUGAAAGUCAUUUUACCGUCAUACUUGGCUCGCCUGCCGUUGGAAAGACAGGUGAGACCAAAUAUCAAUUAUAUUGAAGAGCUCUAUAUAUCUGCUUCGUAGAGGUCCAGUAAGAGUCAUCGCUUAUUGGUCCAAUGUUAUAGUACGAGAGGAAACCUGAACUAAGCUAACUUUAUUUAUCCUGGAUAGUUCUAUCAGUUCUAAAUUGUUUUCCCUAGAGGUACAGUAAGAUCAUCUCUUAUUGAUCCAGUGUUUAUACGUGAGGAAACCUGAACUAAACUAACUUUAUUUACACUGGAUAGUUCUAUCAGUUCUAAACUGUUCACCCUAGAGGUAUUGUUUCCACUAUAUAGUUAAUGUUGUAACAAGUCUGGAACAAGUUGUUAUCGCCUUCUUACCAGGUUGACGAUGGUAACGGACUUGCAACAAGUUGUUCCAACAAGACUGAUCAUGAUAAAGGCUUUUCGUAUAUGGUGUCAUCAAUUUGUUACGUGCAGACGAUAUCAGCCUUGUUGGAACAACUUGUUGCGAGUCUGUUAGCCUCAUGAACCUUGUCGUCAGUAACUGGGAACAAGCAUGCAGUCGAACACAUCUUGUUGACAAGCUGGGCGAAUUUUUAAGCCCAUACCUAGAGUUCCAGUAUAAAUAAAGUUAGUUUAGUUUAGGUUUCCUCCUAUAGUAACACUGGAUCAAUAUGAGAUGAUCCUUACUGGACCUCUAUAGGGGGAACAGUUUAGAACUGAUAGAGCUAUCCAGUAUAAAUAAAGCUAGUUUAGUUUGGGUUUCCUCCUGUAGUAACACUGGAUUACUCAUGGACUUCUAGGGAGAACAGUUUAGGAUAAAAGUAUCCAGUAUAAAUAAAGUUAGUUAAGUUUAAUUUCAGACACUAAUUAAACUUUGAAUUAAAUAGAGCUUAACAAAUUUUGACUUGUCGAAUGUCGCUAACUAAUAUAUUUUGUACAUAUUGAAACACACUUGCGGAAAUGAAAUGAUUAAGAAAUCCGUUCUUAAUGUCAUCGCUAAUCCGUCGUGAAUAAACAUGAAUUAUAACAAGAAAUAAAUGAUCUUUGGGGAUUAACUUCUAAUCGAUCUAACCGAUCUGCCUUCUUAAAUUAUAUUUUUUGGGUCAAACAAAAGGUUUUCAAGCGUUGAGCCGGAUCAAGAGUGCACGAGAGUUGAAAGUCGUGCGAUCUUGGUUAGCUGUUCUUAAUGCUUUCACAUAUGGUAAAUUUCAGCCUGGGAUGAGUUAGAAUUUCAGUUCAAUCCCGGGGUGAAAUCUCACCCGAGCUGAAACAAUCAAGUCUCAAAAUAGAGCCAUUCCGCUUCUUCGAAGAAUUUAAAAUGUUGUUCAUGUCUAUUAUUUGACUUGUGCGAUACUGUGGUUGCAUUUAAAAGUAGAAGAGAAAGAAAUAAAGCCACUUAGGGCCUGUUUAUAUGGUCCUGCUUACCGGGAUUCAAUGAAGUGUGAUGUAUUUUGAGCUAAGAGUUUCAGCCCUAAACCGGCAAAAGUUAGAUAACUUUAAAUAUUGUUUAAACGAAAUUAGGAACGCGCUAGAAGUUAUGUAGUGGAAGAAGACGAUUAAUAGCAUUCAACAACAUUUGGUUUUUGUCUAAAACAUAUGGAAUUUCAUACAAUUUGUAAAAAGCAAUUUUGAUUUUUUCUGCAAUUUUGCAAUCAUAAAAUGCAACUUAUUUCAAUUGCUCAAAAUACGUCGCACUUCACUGAAACCCGCGGGUAAGCGGGACCAUAUAAAAGGCCCCUUAAACGCUGUUUUUUUUUCUCUUCUCAACCCGGGUUGAAAUGUCCCGUUGAUUACAUGACAAUCUUCAGCCUGGGUAGCUUCAACCGGGCUGAAACGAAUCCCGGGCUGAAACGAAUCCCGGGCUGAAACGAAUCCCGGGCUCAUAUUUCUGUCAUGUAGUCGCUUGCUGUGUUUUAAUAGAAUCGUUAGGCCGGGCUGAAAACCUGAAAAAUGUCCAUGUAAUCAGCUCCUCAAUAUAGGAUCCUAGCUGUGUUUAAACCUGCCUUGACAAUCGCUUUACGAUUUUAGUCGGUCAAUGGAAUUUGACCAGCGCAAAUUCUGCAUUCAUUUAUAUACUUAAUUAACUCAUUAAGCUGCAGAGCUCCCCCAUUGACGAGUAAAAUCGUCUGGCGUUAAGCUAGCCUGCGUGCAGGUUUGGGCCUGCACGCAGGCUAGCGUUAAGCCGGUUUUCCCACUAGCGAAUUUUUUCGCAUGAAGAGACCUUUUUCCUUUGUCGGUAGCACUUAUUACAUCAGCAAGAUGUGGCAAAGUGGAUGCCGAUAAAGGAAAAAGGUCGCUUCGUGCGAAAAAAUUCGCUAGCGGAAAAUCGGCUUUAGACAAGUAAAAAAUAAGUGGGGCGCAUUGCGGCUCAGUGGGUUAAAUAGAGACAUUGUCAGAUUUUUUGGUUAACUCAUUAGGCUGCAGAGCUUCCCCAUUGACGAGUACAAUCCUCUGGCGUUAGACAAGCAAAAAAAAUAAGUAGGGCGCACUGGGGCGCAUUGCGGCUCAAUGGGUUAAACAAAAAAGCAAGCGAAAGCGCAUGUCUAUAGUAUAGUAUGUUCUCCUAACACAUAUACUGGUAUAUUUGAAACGAUGGCACUGAGCCUUGCCAUCAAAGAUCCAAGGAGGUUAUUAGCAUUUUAAUAAGCAAGCCGACAAAAUACUACCAAUAAAAAAGAUCAAUUUUAACAGAUUAUGACAAUUUAAUCUCCUCGCGCUCAAGCAACUAAAGUCUUUGUCUGACAGAGAAAACACAAAUGGGUUUGUGUCAGUUGUACUGUAAGACAGUAUUUUGAUGACAGAUAAUUUCAAUUGAACACCAUACAGUACAGUCAAAACAGUGCGUACCUUAAACGUAAGACAAAUAAGUCUUGGUAAAUAGGAUGAUUGUUUAAUUUUGAUUAAAAGUCAUAUGAAUAAUACAUUCAGUUUUUCAAGAAAUGGAAAUCAUUGAAACUAUAAGGUAACUUUAUUUAUACUGGAUAGCUCUGUACCAGUUCUAAACUGUUCUUUCUAGAGGUCCAGUAAGAGUUAUCUCUUAUUGAUCCAGUGUUACUACAGGAGGAAACCUAAACUAAACUAACUUUAUUUAUACUGGAUAGCUCUAUCAGUUCUAAACUGUUCUUCCUAGAGGUCCAGUAAGGAUCAUCUCUUAUUGAUCCAGUGUUACUACAGGAGGAAACCUAAACUAAACUAACUUAUUUAUACUGGGUAGCUCUAUCACUUCUAAACUGUUCUUCCCAGAGGUCACCCUUUGUAUUGAUCCAGUAAAUCAAACCCGUGUAUUAUUCUUUUUCUAGCCUUGGUUGUUCGCUACAUCACCGGCAGAUUUGUGCAUGAAUACGAUCCAACGUUAGGUAAGCUGACCGAAAUGCUCAUGGAACAACAAAAAAUUAUUAAUUACUCUCUAUAUUACACGUAUCGUCAGUAUGUAACGGUAAAUAAAUGUUGCUUUAGAAAUGACUUACGAAAAAGUACAAGAAGUGGGAAAUGUGAAGGGAAUAUUACGCAUCAUGGAUACUGCUGGCUCGGUAAGAAAUAUAUAGGCUGUCCCAAAAUAAUUUGUACUGGCUAUGUUCCAGAUUGUUACACAGCUAAAUGUAACAAUCUAAAACCACUAAAAUCUGGAACAUAGGUAUUGCAUUUUGGGGGACACCUGUAUGUAUAUAUAUACAAUGAGUAUGAAUGCAUGGCAACAAUGGGUAACUAGAUGGUAUUGAGAACAGUAACAUUCUGAUCACCGGAUCAUGACUAUCCAGAAAACAGUGAGAUUUUCAAAAUAAUGGGAAAAAAAAACAAUGAAACGUUCUGAUCACGGGAUCAUGACUCGAUGGCAUGGAGAACAAUGGGAUUUUCAAAACAAUGAAACGACAAUGGAACAUUCUGAUCACUGGAUCAUGACUGGAUGGCAUAGAGAACAGUGGAAUUUCAAAACAAUGAAAAGAAAAUGAAAGAUCUAAUCACUGGAUCAUGACUGGAUAACAUGAAGAACAGUGGGAUUUUCAAAACAAUGGAACAUUUCGAUCACUGGAUCAUAACUGGAUGACAUGGAGAACAGUGAGAUUUUUCAAAACAAUGAAAAAACAGUGGAACAUUCUGAUCACGGGAUGGUGACUGUAUGGCCCUAUAUUGUUAGCUAUGUAGUAAUGUCCCCGUGUGUUUUUUCUAGAUCGAAAGUUGUACUAGCUACAUUAGAAAGGCAGAAGGAAUAAUCGUGGUCUACUCUAUCACAGACCGCUACAGUUUCGAAACGGCUAAAGACUAUUUGAGAACUAUCAAAGAAUACCAACGACUCGGCUCGCCGUUUGAUUACGAACUGCCGACGAUUCUUGUCGGAAACAAACGUGAGCUCCGACGAGGACGCGAAGUAAGCCGAGAUGAAGCCCGAGCGACGGCGAAGGAGUUCGGAUGCCUCUUCAUUGAAUCGUCGGCUGCUUACGACAGAAAUGUGCAAAAAAUUUUCACAAAUUUAUUUUUACAAAUUCACCGCAUUAAGCAAGAACGACAAACGACUAUUGCUAACAAUGCACGAGGUUUUGUAAGCUCGGUAAAAAACUUUUUUCAGUCGAAGAAAAAAUGAAUGUCAAUAUACUUAAAGAAUAUAUGGGAUAAAAUGUUCUUACCACAC